AAAAACAAGAAGUGAUAAGAAAGUUAGAAUCUGUAAACGUUGUAGUAGUGAAUGCUCAACACCUCAAAAACUUCGUGAGCAUCUUAAGCGAAAAAAUCUAUGCAAACCAUUACAAGAAGAUAAACAACAACCCAUUCAAAAGGAUAUUCAAAAACUUGUUCAAGUGGCUAUCCAAGAACCUGUUCAAAAGAAUAGAGACUAUAUUAGCCAGGAGGAGGCAGACAAAUGGGUUAACCCAAAUGCCCAAAAACCUGGUGAAUGUCUUAAAACAAAAAACUUGGAUGACUGUUUGACCCUCUGUCAUGAUCUUGAACAAUACGAUUUAGAAGCA